AUGGCAGUUUCAGAGGCCAUGGAUACUCAGGUGAUGCUCGGAGUCGGCCUGAUCGAAAAGGACACAAACGGAGAAGUUCUGUGGGUGUGGUGUUACCCUUCCACGACAGCCGCCUUGAGGAGCCUGCUGCUGAGAAAAUGCUGCCUUUCAGACGAAAACCAACUUCUGCAUCCCUUUGUCUUUGGCCAGUACCAAAGAACAUGGUUUUAUAUCACCACCGUUGAAGUUUCAGAUUCUUCAGUUUUGAAAAAGGUGACUCAUUUUUCUAUUGUUCUGACCGCCAAAGAUUUUAACCCAGAGAAAUAUGCCGCCUUCACUAGGAUAUUGUGUAGAAUGUACUUGAAACAUGGGAGCCCGGUUAAAAUGAUGGAAAGCUACAUAGGGGUUCUCACCAAGGGCACGUGCCAGAGCGAGGAGAAUGGCUCCUUCUCCAGCAAGGACUUUGAUGCCCGGAAGGCGUACCUUGCAGGCUCCAUUAAAGACAUUGUAUCUCAAUUUGGAAUGGAAACUGUUAUCUUAUACACUGCACUGAUGCUAAAGAAAAGAAUUGUCGUCUACCACCCUCGGAUAGAAGCUGUCCAGGAGUUUACUCGGACGCUGCCCGCCCUGGUGUGGCAUCGGCAGGACUGGAGCCUAGUCCACUCUUACGUGCACCUCAGCAGUGAUGAGCUGGAAGCCCUGCAGAUGUGUUCAGGUUACAUCGCGGGUUUUGUCGACUUGGCGGUGAGCGACAGGCCCGACCUCUACGACGUGUUUGUGAGCCUGGCAGACAGCGAGAUCACCAUCGCGCCACACGCCAAAGAGGCCAUGGUGAUGGGGAAACUGCACAAAGAAAUCGGUCACCUGAUUGUCCAGUCUGCAGAAGACCCGGAGAAGUCAGACAGCCAAGUCAUCAAGGACAUUUCCCUAAAAACCAGAGAGCUCCUGGCCAACCUAGCGUCGUUUGCAGAUGCCUCAGAUGAUGGAGGGAAGCCAGUGCUCAGCUUGGAAGCCCUGAAGCAGAAGCGUUUCCCUCCAGCCACGGAGAACUUCCUUCACCACCUC